UCUCUCUUUAAUUGAAUUUCUUAGCAUUCAAAUAAAAUCUCACUAUGGAUAAUUCACAAGAAGAAGAUGGCAUUGUUUUUUCCAUGAACAUGAUGUCAUCUAUGGUGUUACCAUUGGCAGUUCGAUCGGCAGUUGAGCUGGGCAUCUUUGACAUUCUAGGGAAAGAAGGUGAAGGAAUGAAGCUCUCUGCAAAAGACAUUGCGGUUAAGUUGGGCUCAAAGAACCCAGAAGCACCCGCAAUGCUGGACCGUGUUCUGAGACUAUUGGCUUGUCACUCCAUGCUAUAUUGUUCACUUUCUGAAGAUCAACAUGGGCCUGCAUCUCCUCAGAGGCUUUAUGGGCUUGCUCCCAGGUCCAAGUAUUUUGUGACUGAUGCUGAUGGUGUGACAUUUGGGCCUGCUUUGCACUUAAAUCUUGACAAGGUCCUCAUGGAAAGCUGGACCGAUUUGAGAGGAGCAAUUAUGGAAGGAGGCACUCCAUUCAACAGGGUUCAUGGCAGGCAUUUAUAUGAGUAUGCAGGUUCCGAUCCCAGGUUAAAUGAUGUUUUCAACAAAGCUAUGUCCAACAUUACCAUUAUAAUCAUGAAGAGUAUUCUUAAGUUUUAUGAAGGUUUUGAGCACAUCAAUAGACUAGUGGAUGUAGGUGGUGGUCUCGGGAUAAAUCUCAAAUUGAUCACUUCCAAAUAUCCUCAUAUCCAGGGUGUUAACUUUGAUUUACCUCACGUCCUAGAGCAUGCCCCUACAUAUGCAGGCGUGACACAUGUAGGAGGAGAUAUGUUUGAGAGUGUUCCUAAUGGAGAUGCCAUUUUUAUGAAGUGGAUACUUCACAAUUGGAGUGAUGAAUACUGCUUGAAAUUGAUGAAGAAUUGCCAUAAAGCUACUCCAAAUGAUGGAAAAGUGAUUGUUGUGGAGGAAGUUCUUUCUGUUUUGCCUGAGACAACAGUUGCUGCCAAGAGUGCUACCCAGGAUGACCUCAUAAUGAUGACUCAAAUCCCAGGAGGAAAAGAGCGAACCCAAAACGAAAUGACGGAAUUAGCAUUAGGAUCUGGAUUUAGUGGCGUUAGAUUCGUAUGUUGUGUCUCCGGCUUCUGGGUUAUGGAGUUUUAUAAGUAGACAUAAUAUCUAGUAUGGCUUAACUUGUUCUUCUAACAUCUGUCAUUGGAUUAGAAUUGUCAUGCCUGUAAAUUAACUCACAUAGCUAAUAUAGCAUCUGUUAAGGUUGAGUAUCAGCUUGCUGGAUGCAGAUUAUAAAUAUGGUGAUACAUAUUCUUUGAAGUCAUUCAUUUCAGUUCCAUGAACUCAAUUGCUUUUCUU